CCGCAGAUCUGAUUCCACCUGCAGCAGCAGCAGCAGAAGCAAAGAAGCAUCAUCUGAUCCGCCGGCAACAGAAACCAGCAGAACAAAGAAGAAAAAUCACAGAAUCCACUUUUAUUUUGACGCCGCAAACGAACAGACGCAGACAUGAUGGAGAAAUCAAACAGCCAAUAUGACUCCUUCCUGUACUGGAGGCAGCCAAUCCAGGCCCUCGACCUGUCGGAGCUGGAGGACCUGGGUUUGAUCGCCGGCCAGCCGGCCAAUAGCGGCAAAGGAAAAGACAAGGCGUCCCAGAAGUGGAGCCGCGACGACGAGGGCGAGCUGUCAGAGUUUUCCUCCUUCAACUACUGGAAAACUCCGAUCGCUGACGUGGACGCUCUGCUGGCCGACCUCAGCCUGCUGCUGUGAGCACACCGGAAUUAGCAUCACCUGACCUUUGACCCCGACAUCACCUGACCGCUGACCCCAGCAUCACCUGACCUCUGACUCCAACACCACCUGACCUCUGACCUCGACAUCACCUGACCCUGCAUCACCUGACCUCUGAACCAUAAUCAGAUUAAAACUUAACGAUUCAGAUUUAGCCCUGAUCCGAGUUUAGGUUAAACUGUAAUCCUGGUCCAGAUAAAGCUCUGAUCCUGGUACAGAGUAAACUUUAAUCCUGGUUCGGAUUAAACUCUGAACCUGGUUCAGAUUUACCUUCCUGGUUCAGAAUAAAUUUUAAUCCUAGUUCAAAUUAAUCUUUAUUCCUUGUUCAAAUUAACCUUUAAUCCUGGGUCAGAUUAAACUUUGAACGUGGUUUAGAUUAAACUCUAAUCCUGGUCCAGAUUUAAACUUUAAUCCUGGUUCAGAUUAAACUCUAAUCCUGGUACAGAUUGAACUUUAAUCCUGUUUAGAUUAAACUCUGAAUCAGUGUGAAUCUGGUUUAUUGAGUCACUUUGUCCAAGUUAAACAAUCUGAUGCUGCUUUUACAGUAAACCUGAUCUUAGACUGUUUACACUGGAGUAAUGAGAAACCAGAUCAGACUGAAGUUUUGAAUUCCCUUCUGUGGACAAAAUAAUAGAAACGCUGCAUCGAGCUGUUGUUGAUCAAAUAGUUUAAUCAGUGUCUCCAUCAACUCAAAUGUAAUGAAGGAAGUCUGUGUGUUUUAGAUGAAUUAAUUGCUGGAGGCCUUAUCUCAUAGUGAUGCUGCUACCUGACUGAAGUCCCCUUUAUUUCAUGACAUAAACACCUGGAAUGGUGACCAACUUUUCACAGCUGAACACACAACCCAGAACAAACCCUCCCAGAUCAGUAAGCAGUUAAAAGAAAAAGUUGCCUAAAAUCUGCCACCUGAACAUUAUGAGAUACGGCCUUCCAUUUCUUCUUUAGUGAGUACACUUCUGUUGAGGUCUGAGACCUGCAUUAUGUUUCUUCUGUCGUUCCAUCUGUGCCUUUUGUUUUUUUUUUUUCCAGAGCUGCUUUGUUAACAGUCACUGUUACCAUCCGUCCCAUUUGCAUAUUUAUUUAUUUAUGUAUUUAUUGAUUGAUUUAUUUAUUAGUGCUGCUGUGUUAGUGAGCGAGCCUCGAACGGACUGCACACCUGCCAACAACAAUAAAGGAAAAAACGUCCUAUUUUGA